GCUGCUGCUGCAGCAGGGGUGGAUUUGGCUUCCAGUCUCCUGCAUUGCACAAUCUUUCCCCUCUGCUCAGACAGAUAAAUAAGACAAAAGAAGGAGCGCUGGAGGACGAGGAGAAAGGGGAGAGAAGACACAGAGAAAAGGACGGGAAAAGAGCCAUAGUAGGUUGAAGGGGUGUGGAGGAUAAUAGAUUGAAAAAAAAGAAGAAGAAGAAGAAAAGAAAAGAGGGGGAGAGGGUGAAUGGCAGAGGGGGUAUGAGGAGAGGACGGGAGGCAGCGGUGGCAGACGGAGGGAACAGGAAGAGAGAGUGAGUUACGCCGCAGUAGAAUGAGGGUUAGAGUGAAAGAGAGAGCCAAGAAGCAUUUGAGCUGCCGCCCUUUCGCACGCCACUCGGGAUCCGCCGCUUUCUGAAGAGGCAAAGGAGAAGGAAUCCACCGUGGAGGCGAGAAGGAGAAGGAGGAGGGGGGCCGAGGAGGAGGAAGCCAGAGGUUCUACACACAAGAUGGCUGCUGUGUCCUCUGCCUCUGACACUGGUGACCCCAGGGGCCGCCACCCUCCUGAGCGCAGACUGCUCAUCCUAGGGGGCCCUAAGUCGGGUAAGACCUCCACCGCCAACAGCGUCCUCGGGGACGAGGUCUUCGACGCCGGGACGGAGACGACUCACAGCAACGUGGGCCAGACGGAGAUCUACGGCCGGCGUGUCACGGUGGUCGACACCCCUCCGUGGGUCAUCCCCGCCGACCCGGAGGAGGACGCCGAAGCUGACAACGACGACGACGACGACGACGACAACGCCGGCGCCGAGUCGGACAACCCGAGGCCCCCGCCGAGCCUGGACAGCGAGGGGCCGUGCAUGGGGGCCAUCCUCUGCCCUCCUGGACCCCACGCCAUACUGCUGGUGGUGUCGGUCACCCAGCCCUUCACCGACACCCAGAGGAGGGCCGCAGAGGAGCAGCUGGGGGCCCUGGGUGGAGGCACCUGGAGGUACUCCAUGGUGCUCUUCACCGGGGUGGACAAGCUGCCCAAAGGCGUGUUCAUCGAGGAGCACAUAGCAAACACUGGAGAGGCCCUGCAGUGGCUGGUGGAGAGGUGUGGAAGCAGGUACCACGCCUUUGACAACACCAGGAAAGAGACGGAGGAUAACACACAGGUACCUGAGCUGAUGGAGAAGGUGGAGGAAAUGAUCACUGACAACCAGGGAUGGUACUUUGAGGUGAAUGAGCUGAUUUUACUGGAGGAAGAACAGGCGCGGAGAGCUCUGGAGGAGGAGAGGAUGAGGAUGGAGGAGCACGCGAGACAGAGGGAGCAGAUGAUUGGAGGACCUCCCAGAGAGUUGAGGUUGCUGUUGCUGGGCUGGAAGGGCGUUGGAAAGAGCUCGGUGGGGAACUCCAUCCUGGGCCGUCGGUACUUCGAGUCCGGCCAGGAGACGGAGCUGUGCCUCAGGAGACAGGCGCUCGUGUCUGGCCGUCGGGUCACUAUCGUCGACACCCCGGGGUGGGACUGGUUCUCGGUGAGGCGAACCCCGAAGCGCAUCCGCCAGGAGUCCCAGCGCGGAGCUGCCCUCCUGCGGCCCGGACCGCACACCCUGCUGCUGGUCCUCCCCGUCGUCUCGUCCCUCACGGCCAGGAAGAGGCGGACGCUCCUGGCUCACAUAGAGACUCUGUUUGGCGACGGUGCGUGUCUCCACACCAUGGUGCUCUUCAGCUGCGGUGACUGGCUGGGCCGCACGCCCAUCGAAGAGCACAUCCUUCGAGGCGGGAGGGAGCUGCAGAGACUGCUGGAGUACUGCGGGAACUAUUACCACGUCCUGGACAGUAAGACCCCCGGCAAAGACAGGAGCGUGUCGGUCCUGCUGGAUAAGAUCGAGGAGAUGAUCAGGGAGAACGGAGACAAGGCCUUCCUCCCCAUACAGACCGAGUGGUUGAGCGAGGAGAGCUCUUACUCCUCCGACAACACCGAGCCGGAGGACGACUGUCGGGGAUGCCAGCUGCAGUGAGACGGUCGCUCCAGAACAGGCCCGAACAUCACCUCAUGUAACUUAAACCUCAUCCAGAUCUCCCUGUCCGACUCCCAGGAGCUUUAGGGAAAACAGACGGUUUGGAGCAGGAGUCUCGUCACGAGUAGCUCUUCUGUUUGGAAAUGAAAAGAACCGAAGUCACUGAUCGCCGAUCAGCAGAAGCUCGACCUGGACGGACGGUGCAGCGGAUCGACGCGUCUGAGAGACUGAGAGUUGAAAAAGACAGUUUCCCCUCAGACCCGAGAGGAGGAGAAAUAUCCUGCUUUUGCUUCAACUGCUGCUAAAGAGACCCUGUUUCAACACUGCAGAGUAAAGAAUUACUCAUCAUUGUAACUAUGUUCAAACUGCACUGAUAAGAUUUGUAUUAGGAGUUGGA